AUCAUUAACAGUCGCGGAUCCGUGCAAACAGGUCCACCCCGAUCGCCAAGCAUUCCCACGCGACGGACUUUAAUCAUCCACUGAAACUGAGCAGAAGCUUUGAACCGAAAAGCUCCAGGUGACUAGAGCAAUAUAAAGCAGCCCCCCACCAAAGUGGAGCAAGUUACUCCGUCAAAAGUUAAACGGAAUGGUUCAGGGAAAAGACGACACGGAGCAACUGCCGGCUUGGCUGGAUCAACAGAAGUUCGAAGAGUUCAUAGAACGCGAUUUUCCGGAUCUUAAGAAGAUUAAUUCAUACCAGCUGGAACCCUCGGCAGGAAAGGGGGAAAACUACACAACUCAACUACUGAGAGCGAAUUUUGAAUUGGAACUGAAGGAUGGCUCCCAACAGAGUGUAUCGUAUAUGGCUAAAAUCCUGCCGAAUACUGGAAACCGCGAUAGCGUCGCCAGUUGGAAAGUAUUCGACAAGGAGCGCCAGACCUACGGACAAUUUAUCCCGGAGUUUGAGCAGAUGUACCGAGAGGCCGGAAAGGAGAUUACAUUUGGACCCCGCUACUACGAGGCCACGAGUCAACCGGAAGAGGAACUGAUUGUGCUGGAGGAUCUGGGCAGGCGGGGGUUCAAGAAUGUGGACCGUCAAGCUGGCUUGGAUAUCCUGCACACAGAGGCCAUCUUGGAGAAGUUGGCCCAGUUUCAUGCCGCCUCCGCCGUGCGAUUCGAGCUCAAGGGAGCCUAUCCGGCGGAUUACGAUCGUAACCUGUGCAGCCAAGAUGAUAGCUUUAAGGAUUUCCGGGAAAACCAAACAAAGGCCUUCGUUGAAGCCUUUCCCCUCUACGAUGCCUCCCAUUUGGCAAAGGCUGUGGAAACCUUUGGUCGUCAAGCGGAGGACAUGUUCCAGGCUUAUGCUCCUCAAAUCGAGGGAGAGUUCCGUGUCCUGAACCACGGAGAUGCCUGGUGCAAUAACUUCAUGUUCCAACACGAUGGGAGGGGUCAGCUGCUGGAAACCUACUUUGUGGACCUGCAGAUGAGUCGGUUCUCAUCGCCUGCCCAGGACCUACUCUACUUUAUACUCUCCUCCACCCAACUGGAUAUAAAGAUAGCCAAGUUCGAUUACCUGAUAAGGUACUAUCAUGAAAAGCUCUCAGAGAACCUUAGGCUACUGAAGUACCCAAAACCACUGCCUUCACUUAGGAGCCUACAUCAAUCGAUCUUUACCCACGCAGAUUGGAUUCUGCCCGUCAUAUCACUUUUGCUGCCCAUUGUGCUGGUGGAUUCCAGUGAUGAUGCCAAUAUGGAUAGCCUGAUGGACAGCGAGGGAGCUGGAGAGAAGUUCCGGAACAACCUGCUCCUAAACCCCCGCAUCAUAAGACACCAAAAAGUAAUACUUCCCUGGGCCUUUAGCCGGGGAGCCUUUGAAGUCACCAAUUAAAUGUAAUAAACUGUUGAUAUUAUUUUAUAGCUAAUUUAUAAAUAACAAAGAACGCUAGACAAUCGCAUUAUCA